UCCGACGGCUCCCGCCGGGCGUACCCCUCCCACUCCACUCCACGUCUCCACCACCUGCGCGUGGGCCGGUGAGGAUACACUGUCCCUGGGCUAGAAAAUUUCCCCAAAUCUUGUGAUUCGAUCGCCGCCCCCUCCCCCUCUCUCCAGGCCGAUCUUGGCUGCAAGAAUCCAGACCUGCCUGACAUGGUGAAGGACCGCGCCUACUACGACGUCUUGGGGGUCAGCGUGGACGCCUCCCCCGCCGAGAUCAAGAAGGCGUACUACCUCAAGGCGAAGCUGGUGCAUCCGGACAAGAAUCCAGGGAACCCCGACGCGGCACUGAAAUUUCAGGAACUCGGGGAAGCCUAUCAAGUUCUAAGCGAUCCUGGGAAAAAGGAGGCUUAUGAUAAGCAUGGAAAGGAGGGUAUUCCCCAAGAUAACAUGGUAGAUCCUGCUGCUGUCUUCGGGAUGCUUUUUGGAAGUGACUAUUUUGAAGAUUAUGUUGGUCAGCUUGCUCUAGCGUCCAUAGCUUCAGUGGAGAUUGAGGAAAACUCAAACAGUCAAGAGGCAAGAGCGAAGGUUCAAGAGAAGAUAAAAGAGUUGCAAAGAGAAAGAGAGGAGAAGCUUACUCAGAGCCUAAAGGAUCGACUUCAACCAUAUGUUGAUGGAAGAAAGGAUGAAUUUGUGAGCUGGGCAAGUGCAGAAGCUCGGCGAUUAUCCCAAGCAGCUUUUGGUGAGGCUAUGCUUCAUACAAUUGGGUAUAUUUAUGUACGGCAAGCAUCAAGAGAACUUGGAAAGAACAGACUGUAUAUGGGUGUACCAUUCAUAGCUGAGUGGGUUAGGGAUAAAGGCCACCACAUUAAAUCGCAGGUUAAUGCUGCUUCAGGCGCUAUAUCUCUCAUACAACUCCAAGAAGGAAUGAAAAAGAUGGAGGGGAUUGAAAACAAGGAAGAGCAGGUUAUGAAGAGUUUUGAGGAGAAGAAAGAUGUCAUGCUUAAUUCACUCUGGAAAAUUAACGUGGUUGAUAUUGAGUCAACACUUUCACAUGUCUGCCAAGCAGUUCUGAAAGAUAACACAGUCCCAAAAGAUGUUCUUAAGUUGCGAGCAAAAGCGUUGAAGAAGCUUGGGACAAUAUUUCAAGGUGCGAAGUCUCUGUACCGUCGUGAAAACAGCCUGCGCGUUGAAACCAACACAAAUGAAGAAGCAACGCCAUCGCACUGAAGCCUGGUAGACAUCGUGUAACAAGAUAUUUGGUAAUCCUUUUGGUGAUCUUGGCCUCUUGUCUGUCUGUUUCUCAACAUUCGGAUGAACAAUCCUGUUUCGGAUAUGCCUUUGUUGGUUUUCCUUAGUAACAUAAAACUAUAUUUUUUAUGGUUGUAUGUGAAACGAAAAAAAAAAAGAGAGACAGCUUUGUAUC